AUUUAGGGCGCAUGCGGCGAUAGAGGUCUCAGCUCUCGCGAGGUUUCGUCUUCCGGGAAUCGCAGGGGGACAUUCUCCGUGAACGGUGUGGCGAUGUGUGGGGACUGUGUGAAGAAGGAGUACCCCAAUCGGGGAAACACCUGUCUGGAGAAUGGAUCGUUCUUACUGAACUUCACAGGCUGUGCGGUGUGCAAUAAGCUGGAUUUUAUGCUGAUCACAAACAGAUCCCUGAAGGAGGAAGAUGGAGAGGAAAUAGUUACCUAUGAUCAUCUGUGUAAGAACUGUCAUCAUGUAGUGGCCAGACAUGAGUAUACCUUCAGUAUCAUGGAUGAAUUUCAGGAGUACACCAUGCUGUGUCUGUUGUGUGGCAAAGCUGAAGAUACUAUCAGUAUUCUCCCUGACGACCCCCGACAAAUGACUCUGUUGUUCUAAGCUUCCUGCGGGUCUGUUCUCACUGUGCUGGCUUCGUUUACAAUAUAGCAGGCCUAAUGGUUUGUCUAAUAACGAAA